GCACAAGUAGGUUUAAACAUCCCCUUAACAUCAUGGCGAAAAACUUUAAGGAUGAUUCCUUUUGGCUGGCCAAAAUGAGGCAUCAAUUCUACACUUGGUUUGAUUUCAACGAAAAUGGAGUAGUUGAUAAGGACGAUUUUGACAUCGUUGUUCAGGGUCUGGUGCAAGGAGCAAAAUGGGCAGAAGGAAGUCCAAUGUGGAAGCGUGCAAAUACCAUGAAAUCUAACUUGUGGGAGCAACUAAAAAGUAGUGCAGAUACAGACAAAAAUGACCAGAUAAGUCUUACCGAAUGGGUCGAUUUUUGGGCGGAAUGUGCUGCGAAAUACGUCAAUGACACCGAUCUUCCUUUCUGGUACACAGAGUUUCUCGACGUAUAUUUUUGUUUCAUGGACAAAAAUGGAGAUGGAUGGAUAGAUUGCACUGAAUUCGUUGCCUAUUUCCAUGGGUUACGAAACAUCCACCAAGACAUUGUAGAAACUGCAUAUCGAAGGAUUACAUUGAAUGAACAACGUCACAUCGACAUCAAACUCUUUCGGGAGAUGGUUAUUGGAUACACUGUGUCCAAGGAUAUGAAAAGCCCUGGAAAUAUAAUGGGAGAAAUGUUGGUCAAAGAAAUAGGUUGUGAAACGGAAUUUAAACGCACCGAAUUCUGGGACAUAAAACAAAGGCAUCAUUUCUUCUAUUGGUUUGAUCAAGACAGAAAUGGA